CACAAGACGUGAAAUCGACUACAAAAUAACAGCAGGAGGACUACACACUGUCGGACACCUGCGCAGUAGAAUUACCGAGCGCUUUAAAUGUAGCCUACGUGCAAAGAUGGCAGCUCAAGUAGACUUGCUCCGGGCCAAAGUAGAAGGGGAACAUGUGAGGGGCAGUCUUGAUAGAUUCAUUAGAGAGAGGAAAAAGAAGAAGAAACGGGACCUGUCGCCAUCAGCUGACAAACGGGAGAAGUCUGUGAACGAAGAGAAGAAAGUGAAGCUCCAUUACCACCAUCACAACCUCCAGCACGGUGAGCACCGGUCCUACCAGCCGCAAAAUCCGAAACCCCACAAGUUCAGCGCAGAUAAGCAUGUCCCGCAAAGCCACCACCACCACCACCAUCAUCAUCAUCCCUACCACAAUCGCGGUUUUACCAAUGGUACAACAAACCUGCAGCCGUGUGUGCCUCCUCCUCAGCCGCGGAAGGUACCUGAGCAGCUGCAGAGGAAGCAAGCGGUGCUCCCCGAGCCACCUGCGCUCUUCACUUUCACACCUCUCCGAGUGGUCAAGGCCAAGCCCCAGGAUUUCAAAGACAAACAUAGGGAUAAAGACCUGAAACUGAAGCUCAAGAAGGAAAAUACCGAGGCAAAUGUGAAACACGCGGAACUUAAGAAAAAGAUGGAGCCAAGGCCCCACAACGAGAAUGCCAAGUCUCUAACACUGGAGGAAUAUCUCCUGAAGAAGAGGAAGAAGAAGAAGAAGAAGCACGGCGCCAAAAAGGUCCGAUACAUGCACAAUAAAGCGGUCCAGAUUGUGUGUGCAGGGCUUGGGUCAGAUCUCACUCUGCCCGUUCGCCCCGAUCCUCCUCGGCCUGGCAGAGACCUUGUGGACAACCAGCAACCCUACCUGCGUGCUCUCAAGCCUGGACUAGUUCCCUUCCUCUCCCACCAAGACCACUACAUCCGCAGCUCCUGCCUGCAGACGGGCACCUGGUGCGGACGCCUCAUGCAUGAGGAAAGGCAAGCCAAUGGUGGGGGAUCAGUUCUACACGCGUAUGCUGAUGAGAUAGCUUGUCUCAGCCCGGCUGAGAUGGAGUGCUUCUCACAGGAGUUUCUGCAGUUGGCCUUUGCUGAGACACACAGAGGGGCAGCCUCGUAUGCCUUGGCAGUGGUGCACAGUGCAGCCGCCUUCCUACCUGACUUCCUGGACUACUUUGCCUUCAACUUCCCCAACACACCAGUCAAAAUGGAGAUACUGGGCAAGAAAGACAUUGAGACCACCACUAUUGCCAACUUUCACUCUCAGGUGAGCCGGACUUACUGUUCCGGAACAUACCGGUCUGGACCCAUGAGGCAGAUCAGCUUGGUGGGAGCUGUAGAUGAGGAAGUUGGAGACUAUUUCCCAGAGUUCCUGGACAUGCUGGAGGAGUCACCCUUUCUCAAGAUGACCCUACCGUGGGGAAGCCUCUCCAGUCUGAAGCUGGACUGUCGCUCUCAAAGUGACGAUGGGCCCAUCAUGUGGGUGCGACCAGGAGAACAAAUGGUACCCACUGCUGACAUGCCCAAGUCUCCAUUCAAGAGACGCAGAUCUAUGAAUGAGAUCAAAAAUCUACACUACCUGCCGAGGGCCAGUGAGCCCAGAGAGGUUUUGUUUGAGGACCGAACGAAGGCCCAUGCUGACCAUGUGGGCCAGAGCUUCGACUGGCAGAGCACUGCUGCUGUUGGGGUUCUGAAGGCUGUGCACUUUGGAGAAUGGAAUAACCAACCUCGAAUAACCAAAGACGUAGUGUGUUUCAAUGCUGGGGACUUCAAUGAAGUUGUCCAGAGGUUGCAGCUGGAUCUGUAUGAGCCCCCAGUGUCUCAGGUGAGAACUGAUAUUUGUGUCUUUUGGGUAGACGAUGCCAAGCUCAACCAGCUGAGGAGGGAGGGCAUCCACUACGUCCGUGUCCAGCUCUGUGACGACGACAUUUACUUCAUCCCAAGGAAUGUCAUCCACCAGUUUAAAACUGUGUCUGCAGUCUGCAGUCUGGCCUGGCACAUCCGCCUAAAACAGUACAAUUCUGAUGGCAAGGACAAGGAGGAGGAGAGGCGGCCCAAUGAUCUCAGCUCCACCUUCGGGCGAUUCUUUUCUUCCUCCCUUGCCAGGCCGGACGGCACCGGCACCGCCUGUGCACGACCACAGGCAGACAACAUUCAAGGUGGCGUGGCCAAGACGAAAGAACCAGAGUUCCAGAGGCCAGCAACACCUCCCCAGGAGCCUCAGCCAGCCCCUCCACAGCCCACCAAAUCUGCUCACGUGCCCCCAACAUACCAGAAUCUCCACCUCUUCUCGGGAACAGUCCACCCUGGUUGCACACCUUCAAAGGAGCCCAUCCUUCCAAAAGCUCUCGGCCACAGGGCAGAAUUCUCUAAUUGACCCCACAAUCUCUCUCUUCCCACUGUAAGAGGGAACCUCAAAGAAGUGGAGACUACAACUGACACCUGUGCCAAUCAGGAAACCUUUAAAUUAUCCUCCACACUUUUUUCUUCAUCUUUAAAUGCUAAUGAAAAUGGUCCCAUAAGUAUUUUUAGCCAAAGGGAUUUGAUGGGACUGUUACACAUUUUGUUCUUUAAAAAAAAAAUGUGAUGGCACCUAAACUGGAACUCUCUAUUGAUUCAUUCAAAAGGUGUGAAUCAUGUAAAGAAACUGUUAUUUGUAGGACUGCGUGUGAGUUGCCACGCUUACUGUAAGACGUUUUAAUCUGUCGAAGGCGCCGCUGUAUCUUCUUUUUGACAGAAUUACUUAAUCAAAGAUGGAAGUCUGUGCAGGUGGAGUCAUUGUUUACAUAUAUAAGAUAUGAUUAUUCUCUAAGCAUGAUAUUGACAUGAUACUGUUUUUAUUUAUUUCAGUGACAAAAGCAUAGAGGACUAUCCUUACCCAGAAGAUGCGUGUAGUUUCAUAGAUUGAGGAUGUUGGUCUGUAAAGCUGGGCCUUUGCCAUCUGAAUCAAAGGGCUCGCCACAUAUUGGAUUUCCUGGACUGGCUACAGCCAGUAAAACAAAGGAAAAUCUAAGUGAGUCUUUUGUUUUCAAUGUUUCUUUUAAAUUAAAGAAGAUACAUUUUUCUUUGGCUUGAGAAUUACAAUGAUCUAAUUGGACUUAGCUCAGCUUUAUAAGUAGUGGUUUGCUCAAUGUUUUAUUAAAAAAAAACAUUUUAUAAA